AUGGAAUCUCCCUCGUCCUACGCCGGCCAAAAGCGCAAGGUCGACGAUAUGAGUUCAUCAGACGAAGAAGAUGCGCUACCAACUACCGGUUUCCGUGGCUUCGCCAGAGCCCGCGAGCGCUCCGAAUCACCUCCCACGAUGGGUGGCUUGGGCAGCGCUGCCCGCAACCCCUGGAACAACAUGGUCAACGCAGCGACUGCGGCGCCACCACGAGGUGGUGGUGCCACCCGUGGAGGAAAAGGCUCGGGGGGAAAUUCGUUCGCCGCGCGCAUGAUGGCGAAGAUGGGCUACGUGGAUGGACAAGGAUUGGGUUCUAGUGGUCAGGGCAUCGUCACCCCGAUCGAAGCACAGGCGCGACCACAGGGCGCUGGUCUCGGUACUGUGCGGGAGAAGACCAAGCAGGCACGGGAUGAAGAGAAACGAGAAGCCGCGCGCCGGGGUGAGUCAGUCGAAGACAGCUCCGAUGAAGAGAGACGGCGGCGACGCAAGAAGAAACAGGAGCGCAAGACAGAAAGCCGCAGUGCUACUGGCACACCGGUGCCACGACCCAAGCCCAAAUUCCGAACUGCGCGAGAAAUCGAAGAUGCUAUGGAAGGCCUCGAGGUCCCGAAUGUGCUCAAAUCACUUAUCGAUGCUACCGGGAAGGAACAACGUGUCUUGACGUCGACGGCUGGUUUGAUGGCAUCACAAGAGUUUGUCGGCCAGGGUGAAGGAGAGGCGAUGAAGAUCGCGCGACGUGCCCGAACCGACCUCGAGGCCUUUGCAGAUGAGUGGAAAGGCUUGACCGAAAGGAAGAAGUUUAUUGAGCUCGAAGAAGCCCAAGUGGUCGACGAGUUGGAUGCAUAUCAAGGCCGACUCAAUCAUCUUACCGGACUGAUCGCUGCCGUGGAAGAGCUGGAUAUCUUCGAGCACGAGGAGAGCAUUGCGUCGAAGUUCAAUGAGAUGACCGAAAAGAUCGAAGACAUGGAGUCCAAGUAUCGGGAUGUUGGGGACGAAUACCGACUAGCAGAGACUGUCGUCGCUACCAUACAUCCACUCUUCCGGCAGGCCAUGGAAGAGUGGGAGCCACUUCAAGAUCCAAACUUCCUGGUGUCCAACCUCACCCGCCUUCAACCUAUCCUUUCUCGCAGGACCGAGAACGGAGUUCAACAGCGAUCAUCCACAUCUCCGUACGAAACAAUGGUCUACACCCUGUGGCUACCACGAGUGCGCUCCACGCUCCUCAACGACUGGGACGUUCACGAUCCGAACGUUGCAACUUCGCUAAUAGUUGCUUGGAAACCCAUAGUUCCAGCUUUCGUGUAUGCAAACCUCAUUGACCAAGUGGUUGUUCCAAAGCUUAGUGGAGCUUUGAAGGAGUGGAAACCCAGGAGCAGCCGACGACACCCAUCUCAGCAGGAUGGCAAGUUUCCCUGGUGGUUGUUCACAUGGCUAGAAUACCUGGGUGAACGACAUACCAAUCCCAAGCAGCCUACGGGUCUCAUGUCCGAUACGAAGAGGAAAUUCCGUGUUGUAUUAGAUUCAUGGAGCCUGCGCCGGGGUCUCAUUAAUGGCAUUGAGCUUUGGCGGGAUGCUCUCGGCAGUGAAUUUGACGCAUGCCUACGCAAUCAUCUGCUACCCCGUCUAGCACGCCAUCUUCGCGAAGACUUCACUGUCAACCCCCAGGACCAAGACUUGACAGCCCUCGAGGAUGUGCUCCGCUGGAAAGAUUUCUUCAAGCCCAAUGUGAUGGGUCUACUACUUGUCUCCGACUUUUUCCCCAAAUGGCAUGAAAUUCUGUACAUCUGGCUCACCAACGAUCCGAACUAUGAAGAGGUCGCAGCCUGGUUCACUUGGUGGCAAAGCCAGAUCCCUAAGGGGGUCAAUGAAUUGGCCAUUGUCGAGGACGAAUGGAACAAGGGUCUACAAACGAUGAAUCUCGCCGCUGAGCUUGGAGACCGCGCAGCUGCCGAGCUUCCACGUCCAGCUGCGAACGGUCCGACUGCGCUUCCUACUCGGGAAGAUGCAGUGGCUGAAGCAGCCGCAGCUGCGAGCAAAGCAGCUCCCGUGCCUCAGGCCAAGGCUGCAAUUGUGGAAGAAAUUGCAUUCAAGGACAUUGUGGAGAACUGGUGUGCGGAACAGGGCCUUAUCAUCCUGCCCCUGCGAGAGGCGCACCCAAAGAAUGGAUAUCCUCUAUUCCGCAUCACGGCCAGCGCAACUGGCAAGGGCGGCGUGGUGGCUUACCUCCAUGGCGAAGUUGUAUGGGUGCAGAACAAGAAGGCUAAAGAUGUCUGGGAGCCAAUGGGUUUAGAGGGCUCUCUUGUCGAGCGUGCUGAGGGACGUUAG